CUGUCGGAGGGUCAAUUUAGUCCGCGCACAGAGCUGCCCAAGUCAGCCGCCAUGUAGUGCAUUUUUGGUGCCGUGAUGGACGAUGAGCAGGAAGAGCUUCGACUCGAGAAGCACUUCCACCAGGACACGACGCCGCGAAGUGGUGCGGAGCUGGCCAGUUGAGCUGGUGCGCCAACAUUUGGCCACUCAACUCUCCUAUGGUGAGCUGGAGUUGAGCCUCUUCGAGGCGCAGGAACUCCAGCGCCGCUGCGCAACCGCCGGCGUCGCCACGCCGCUGCUGGAGCUCUUCGACGAGGUGCUGGCGCAAGGAGGUGACGAUGGCGACUUCAACCUGGAGAUUGAAGCAGACAACCGAGCUGAGGUCGCGGCGUGUGCAGGCGACUAUUUCGCCCUCUUCCGGCAUUUCGCUUUGGCCGAAGGUCUCUACGAGCGCAACACCUGGGGCCAUGCGCGUUGCCUGGCCGAAGUGUUGCCAAGCCGACCAGAGGAGGAACAGGAGCAAAGACGCUUUGAAGCCUUGGAAGUGGCGCUGCGGGUGGUGCUGGCGCUUGAGGUGCCCGUUGACGCCUGGGCCGAACGGCAACUGUGCCAGGCGCUUUUUCUACUGGAAAAUUUGUCCUCCUCCUCUGCUGAAAACAGCCUACAAAGGGCCUUUGAGAGAGCAAACCAGACGCCGCUGAACUUCCUGGAGUUCCUGGAACCCUUCAUCGACGUGGCAGCUGCUCCAGUGGAGGCCCUCGCCAGGCGGUGCUUCCUGAUGACAGAGGUCUCUUGGGAGGAUGCCAAACAUUCUCGAGGCGUGCGAGCCUUGCUGAUGCGAUCCCAGGCGUUUUGCCAUCGUCACGGGGAGUCCUUGAUUGGCCACUGGCGCCACUGCUGUCACCAGGAGCUCCAGACACUUCAAUGCCUGGAUGGCCCCAGUGGCUCGCCACUCCUCGCAGCCGCCUCGGCGCUGGCCAGUCAUUGCCAUUUUGUGGGUUAUUGCGUUCCGCAAGGUCCACCGUCCGCGGAUUUGAGCUGCAAGGAGGCUGGAGCUGCAUGGCUCUUGAGAGCUUUGUAUGAGGCGCCCGGCUGCGAUCCACCGGGGGACCUAUAUGAGGUCGCGAAGAAGAACCGUGAGUUGGAGACCGCCAUCCGCAGGCUCUCAAGGAGCGGUGAAGUGAAUGAAGAGCUGGAGAUCAUAAAGGGCCUGGAGCAUCUCCGACCUGGCAGCUCAAGCCAGACAGUCUGCGCGGACUUCUAUGAUGCCACCGUGUAUCCACCCUGGCACAAGGGCGUGGAGUGCAUGGGCGUUCUGCCAGUGCCGAUCUUCGAGCACCUGCAACGGCUUUGUCCCGGCUGGGCCCCCUCCGAGGCGGCGAUGACUCGCCAGGGCAAGCGGCUCUUGGUCGCCGGGUGCGGAUCAGGUCAUCAAGUGGCAGUGGAACUCAAGACCUACAGCGACAUCACCGAGUUGGUGGCAUUUGACGUCUCCGCCCAGAGCGUGGCGGUGGCGCAGCGGAAGUUGAAGGAGCUCUUGCCCGAACACAUGGCUCGGGUUCGCUUCCUUGUGGGAGACAUCAUGGACCUCACCUUAAGUCAUCCACUGUUGUCCGACGGCUUCGACUUGGUGGUCUGCUGCGGAGUGCUGCAUCAUUUGCCGAAGCCCUUGGAGGGUUUGCAGCGCUUGGCCUCCGUCCUGCGGCCUUCGGGUGUCAUACAGCUGGCCACCUAUUCAGCCUUGAGCCACCAGACCUGGCAGAACGGCGUCCAGGAUUGGCUGCGAUCAAAGAAUCUGAAGCCAGAAAGUGGCAUUCCAACGCGUCAAGAGGUCCGCGCGAUGCGCGCGGAGGUGUUGAAGCCGGAGGAGCGGCCAGAAGAGGCCUUGACGCUGUUGCACUUUCCAGAGUUCUACACCUACGCAGGUGUGUUGGACUUGCUCUUCCAUCCCCUUGAGAGGAGCUUCACUCUGCUGCAGCUCCUUGAGGAGUUGAUCCUCCCCGCCAGGUUGAAGCCUCUCGGGGUGUUCUUUCUGGAUGUGAACGCGGACCUGGCGGCACGCCGCGCUUUCCGCGCGCGCUUUGGUGAGGCUGACAUGAGCGAUUUGGACCAAUGGCACGCACUGGAGGUCUCCGAUCCAGACCUCUUCGGUCGCAUGCACGGGCUCUUCUUGACGUGUGACCAAGGUCUGCCGUUGGAACCGCCCGCGAAGCGGAGACGUGAUGCGGAAAGAAAGCAGCAGAGACGGCGAGUCACUCUCGUGGAAGCCGAGUUCAUCACCUCUUUUGCGGACAGUAUAGUCAUGCCAGCGGCCAGCGGCCAUGCCAUCCACUUCCGUGAUUUGGGGGAGAUGGGGGUCAUGGUGGGCGAUCGAGUCCGUGUGCUCUACGGCACCGAGAAAGGAAAGUAUGGCGUCAUCAGCCGUAUUCUUCAUGACAAGAACCAGGUGGUGGUGAAUGGGACCAAUCUGAAACGUAGCUUUUGGCAUCCGGAACCCGGGCCCGGGAAGCCUUCACGAGUCACGGUGGAGCUCCCCAUCCAUGUGACGAAUGUGGCGCUCAUUGAUCCCGUCACCAAGCAGCCCACGCGAGUGAAGAGGCGCUACACGAUGAACGGCGAAGGCGUACGGAUCUCUAAGGUGUCGGGAUGUGCGAUGCCGGAGCCUGUGCCGGUCCGCCCCAACGAGCGGGAGCUCCUGUGGAAGAAGCAUGAGGAGACCGUCCUGCUGCAGAGCAAAGACCGACGUGGACCUCCCAAGGAGGACAUCUUUGGCAACAAGGAGCAUUUCAAGAGCUUGGUGCGCCUGGUCCGCGAGCGGCGCGCGGUGCAGCAGCUUCGCGCCGAGGCCGAGGAGUGA